UAUGCUGACGCGUCCUCUCUUCUCCUCCAGCACCGACGUGUCAGUCUUCUUGUAUCCAGAGCUGAGCAGCACCAGGCCGGCCGCUCUUACCGUAGACAUGGCACCUAAAGGCAGCAGCAAGCAGCAGUCCGAGGAAGACCUUCUCCUCCAGGACUUCAGCAGAAACCUCUCAGCCAAGUCCACCGCGUUGUUUUACGGGAACGCACUCAUCGUCUCUGCCAUCCCUAUCUGGCUGUUUUGGAGGAUUUGGCACAUGGACCUCGUCCAGUCUGCGGUCCUGUACGCUGUGAUGACUCUGGUCAGCACCUACCUGGUGGCCUUCGCCUACAAGAACGUCAAGUUUGUUCUCAAACACAAAGUUGCCCAGAAACGUGAAGAUGCUGUUUCCAAGGAGGUGACCAGGAAGUUGUCUGAGGCAGACAACCGCAAGAUGUCCCGCAAGGAGAAAGACGAGAGGAUCCUGUGGAAGAAGAACGAGGUCGCCGACUAUGAGGCCACCACCUUCUCCAUCUUCUACAACAACACUCUCUUCCUGGUCCUGGUCAUCGUCGCCUCUUUCUUCUUGCUGAAGAACUUCAACCCCUCUGUCAACUACAUUCUGUCCAUCAGUGCCUCGUCAGGACUCAUCGCUCUGCUGUCCACCGGCUCCAAGUAAAGGAGAAAGAAAAAAUGAAAAAGCUGGAAGGAUGAGGGAUUAAGGGAGGGAUUAAGUGGGAGGGGAGGAAGUGGGUUUUACAAGGGUGUAUUGUUUUUCAUUUAAGUUAGGAAUGGGGUUUGGGUGGGAAUAAAAUAUCACAUUUCAACUUCAUGAAAUUCAUGAUCAAAUGUCUGGAGGGUCUUUCUCCAGGUGUCCUCUGUUUUUUGUAUCAAUAAAAAUGACCAGGUGUACUUGUCUCCUGGGUUGAUA